GUUUUAAGAUAUUUUAAUAUUAGAUUUCUAAAUAAAGUUAUAAGAGUAUAUAAGCUACUUAUAGUUUAA